AUACUCAGGAAGUCAGCAGGGGAAGUAUAGCGGUUUCUUGCGUCACUGUUUUUUGUGUGUUGCUGCAGCCAUUUGUAUGCUGUUGCAGUGUGAAGGUUGCACCUGCGCCGAAAACAGGUGGACCACAGUCUCGACACGACUCAAUUAACGCCCUCAAACAAAGAAGUGUGCGUAUUUUGACGUCUCGGCGGUUGCACCAGAUCACCACCACAAGAAAGCAGUCCAACCCCCUGAAGGAUGUGAGACAGUCUCGGGUUCACUUUAAAACCCACCGUUGCUGGUUGGAUUCUGCCAGGCGUCUAGGGGGACACAGCCACUCCCUACCUCCCUUUCACCCACCAACGGAGCCCCGUGGCCUGGAUGUGAGCAGAGCUGCGGCCGUAGGGACCAGGCAGACAUGCGGAGAGCCCGGAGGAAGGGGGCCAGUAAGGAGAAGGUGUUCGGCUGCGAUCUGCAGGAACAUCUGGCUGCCUCCUCGCAAGAGAUUCCUCGCGUGCUAAAGAUCUGCAGUGAGUUCCUCGAGGAGCACGGGGUCGUCGACGGCAUCUACCGGCUGUCCGGGGUCUCUUCCAAUAUACAGAAACUCAGGAGUGAGUUUGACAAUGAAGCCAGUCCGGACCUCCACAAGGAUUUGUACCUGCAGGACAUCCACUGCGUCAGCUCCCUCUGCAAGGCCUACUUCCGGGAGCUGCCCAACCCACUGCUCACCUACAACCUCUAUGACAAGUUUGCCGAGGCCGUGGCCCUCAAGCUGGAGGAGGAGAGAUUGGUGAAGAUAAGAGAUGUGCUCAAGGAGCUACCCGCCCUUCAUUACAGGACUCUGGAGUUCCUCAUGUGCCACCUUGUGAGGAUGGCUUCCCAUUCCGCCGAGACCAACAUGCACUCCAGGAACCUGGCCAUCGUCUGGGCCCCCAAUCUCCUCCGGUCCAAGGACAUUGAGAACUCCGGGUUCAACGGUACAGCCGCCUUCAUGGAGGUGAGGGUGCAGUCCAUCGUGGUGGAGUUCAUCCUCAACCACGUCUCUCAACUCUUCAGUGGAGAAGGCGUACCCCAGGAUAGGCGGGUUUCUUUGCCCUCCCCAACUGCAGCGUUUGGUCCGGAGGAACCAAUCCUUCGGGAGCUUCCUGCAAAUAUGGCCCAUUACGGCCACAUAAGCCCUGGGGAUGGUCCAAUUGCCAUGAGACCCUACCAUGCGAUUAUUGAAGGCACUGACAAGAGGAAGGGGUCUCUCAAGGGCAGGAAAUGGAUGUCCAUCUUCAACAUCGGGGGACGAUUCCACGAACCGUGGAAAAGGAGCAAGAGCAGUCAAAAAGAGAAAGACAGGUGUUCAUUGAGGCCGGCCAGAAGUAUGGACUCCCUCAGCAUUCAAACGUAUACAAAUGAAGCAAAAUGUUCAGGAUCCAGGCACCCUGUCCAGCACCCCUCCGCCAUGUCCAGGUCCGGGGCCGCCCCCAGUGCCUUGGCCGGCGGCGAGGCGGCGCCCCCUGCUGGUGCCACGGGGGGCAGCGGGUACGCCGUCACCUACCGACGGGGCACCGGGGUGCUGAGCGGGGGCGGCGGGACCCAGGGUACCUACAGCUCCCUGGACCCCGAGGGCCUCGGGGCCGGCGGGGCGGGGGGGGGCGGCUCGCCGGGGACCCCCUCCAGGUCCCCCGGCCAAUCCUCGGCCAAGGUGGGCCGUCGGGCGGCCAUGCAUAUCUCCGAGCCCCACAUCGUCACCGUGCCCCUCCACAUCACCUCCAACAUGGCCCUGGUGGUGCUGCAGGGGGGCGGAGGCGACCGGGUGGUGCAUUGCGGAAAGGACCGGGACGGAGGAGACCGGGCCGACGGGAAGGAAAGAGGGGCUGGGAGGGGGGAGAAGAAGAGGAAGGGUGACGGAAAGAAGAAGGAGCUAGGAGGAGGAGGAGGGGGAGAAGGAGGAGGAGGAGGAGGAGGAGAAGGGGGAGAAGGGGGAGGAGGAGGAGGAGGGGGAGGAGGAGGAGGAGGAGGAGGAGAAGGGGGAGAAGGGGGAGGAGGAGGCGGAGGAGGAGGAGGCGGAGAACAAACUGCUGUCACAACAGAGACAUUGGUGGAGGACGAGACAGUUGGACAGAAUCACCUGGAAGCAGACAAGAGCGGUGACAAUUGGAAGCCAGAUGUGCAAAGUGGUGGGGAAGAGGAAGGAGACAGCGAGGAGAUGAGCGAAGACGAGGGGGUCCUGGACGAUGACCAGGUCAAGCCUGUGGAAAACGAUGGAGGUCGGGUCUCUGAUGGAGAGCCAGAUGCUGAAAUUGUGAAUUCUGACCUGCACCAAUAUGUUCCUGAAGACACUGACGAUGAAUACAUGGAUAUGAGGGGUGAGGGGUUGGAGAACCUGGACCGCCGCUCAUCAGAGCUGCCCGGUGUCCAACGCGUCCCUGGACCUGAGGGGGAGGCCCACGAGCUCUCGGGUUAUGUUCAGGAGAGCUUUGACUUCCUGGACCACAUCGACUGCAGCGUCUCGAGCCAGGUGAACGAGUUCUCCGUGGAACCUCCCGCCUAUGAGGACGAUGAGUACGAGGACAUGGAAGCUCCCGGGCUGGCUCUCUGCAGCUCCCCCCUGGCGUCCAAGGAGACGGAGCCCUCGGCCCACCGCCCGAAUCGACACUCCGAGCCCAACCCCGGACCUCCGCUGCCCCACCAACGCCAACCGCCCUCGCAGAGGCUCUCCAACAGACAGAUGAAGUCCCUCAGCCUGCCCUACAUGAGCACCUACUUCUGUCCGCCCGAGUCCUCCUCCGAAGACGACGAAGACGACGACUGCACUGCAGACGAUGAAGACGAUGACGGUUGUUUUGAUCAGGACGGCGGCGAGAAUGAAGAAGGGGACAUUUUCUACAAGAGUCUCCCCUCUGGUUACGCGUUCCACAACCUGAGCUGGACCGCGCCAGAUGGUCCCGACCCCUCGCCCACGCCGGCGGACCACUGUGUCGACCCCUUUGUUGACGAGGAGUCUGGCCGCCCGUUGCAGAGCUCCGAGGCCUCAGCGCUCGAGGCCAUGGGCAUCGCAGGAGGUAGCCGUGAGACCGGAAAUAUGGAAAAUGGGUACGCCUUGACGAGCCUUACUAUGGAGGAUAGGGAGGGUGAAGAGGGGUGCCGGGAAGAAGACGGAGCACGAACGAACAUGCCAAAUCAAAGAGUGGACACAGGAGACCUCCCCCUCCCCCUGGUCCAUACCAGUCGAGCUGCAGGUGGAUCAGAGCCCCCGUCCCCCGUGCCAGAGCCCGCUGAGGCUUUGGGCCGCUCACUGCCAACCGAGGUCCCCACAGGCAGCGAAGCAGCGGCGGAGGUUGGAGUCGAACGGGGCGACGUUCCCCACAGGUGUGUGAAAAACUCUUGGAGUGGUUCACUUGAGGUGGCGUCGCCUCCUCCUUCUCAGACGGAGACUUUUGACUUCCCAGAUGGAAUCAUUGAUGGGUUUCCAGAGUUUUGCGAAGAACUGCCAGAACCCCCGUCAGACCUCUGUGUUUGGGAAGACGAGGGAAUGGACAGUGUUCAGGGAGAGUGGAAUCAGGUCGGGAAAAAGACAAAUGACGUAGGUGAGGUGAUCAUCUCCGGAACUCCGGAUGAAGAGCCCGGGAGAGUGCCUGCGUGCAAGAGAGGUGAAGGGCCAGAGGCUGAUGUCUGCACGCUAGCCCACAAAGGUGAAGAUGUUCUGUGUCAAAUGGCACAACAGCCGGUGGAGUCCAGCGAGAGUCCAGUUGGUUCUCCAGAAGAAAUAGAAAUUGCACAAAGAGAGGGAGAACAGCAGUCUGCAGAAGGGGGAACAGACAUUCAGGUUGUGGAACUCCUCGAUGUUCAUGAUUUGGACGAACGAAUGAAAGAAAAUAAAGAGGAAAAGAGGGUCCAGAAAGACGAAGCUGGGAUCCCAGAAGCACCGAAAGAGGAGUCCGGGGAAGUGUUUGACGAACAAGCCAGCAAAGACAAAGGGAAAAGGGAAGAUUUAGAGCCAAUAGAAAGUGAUUCAACAGAGGAAAGUGUACCGAACGAUGAGCAGGACAGAAAAGAUGGUAAAAACCAAGAUAAACAAGAGAAGUUGUCCGUUUGUGGAGACGGUAAAAUUAUCCAGCCCUUUGGCGAACCAGAAGCUCCUGAAAAGGAGAGAAAGAAUGCAGGAAGCCCCCAAGAGCAUUCUCAACCACCGGUGAGCAUGGACAGAAAAGCCGAAGGAACAAACACAAGUCAACGAGACAUGCCAGAGCCAGAGCAUCACGCGUUAAAGGAGGGCUUAGAGGGCCACUCAGGAGGGGGGUCUGAGGUAGGUGUCGGUAGAAAGCUGGUCAUUUCCCACCAAUCUCCUUCUAAAGUUUACCAAGUCCGGUCGGUGCCGGUCGUGCCGCCGAAACCCCAGCACUGCAGGCUAACAGCACUGAAUCUCCGGCAGCAAGAGCAGCAGCCACAGCAGCAGCAGCAGCAGCAGCAGCAGCAACAGCAGCAACAGCACAGGCAGAAUAGUGAGUGCAGGAUCCCAGACAGGGAGCGAGAAUGGAAAAAGGAGACCCCACUAGAUGACAUUUAUGUUGGGGAGGUGGAAGCAGUAGAAGAGGGUGUGGAUGAGAAACAAGGGGAAGCAAAGCAGAGGAAGGGGCUAGCCGUAGCAGAGAAGCAAAGGAGGAGUAGGGACUGGGAGGAUAUCACAGUGAAGGAUGCCAGCGCUAAAAACAAUCCCCUCAGUAUGUGUUUUGAUGAGGCGGUCGCCAAAGCGACCAUGCGACGAGAAAGGGAGAGAGAGAGCAGUGACAGGGAGAGGCAAAAGGAUUGGGGAUAUGAAUGAUGCACUGUAAUGCACGGAGCCAACUGUACAACAUUUUUUUUUAAAGUUGUACAAGUUGGAUAAGAAACUCAUUUUUAUACAAUAUGGUCAAAAUUGUAGGUGUGUGUGUGUGUGUGUGUGUGUGUGUGUGUGUGUGUGUGUGUGUGUGUGUGUGUGUGUGUGUGUGUGUGUGUGUGUGUGUGUGUGUGCGUUUGCGUGUGCAUGUGUAUGUAGUGAUGCAAAACGGCUGCUACAUGCUAACCCGUUUAAUAAACAUUUAAAUAGUUUUAUUGAUUUAACAGAAAUUCAAUUUUUGACCUCAAGUAUUUUUAAUAAGGCUAACUUAAUGUAAGAAAUGUUUUUAUACCCUGACAAAUUGAUAAUUAUUAUUUUUUUCAAAUAAAAUCCUCUUACAAGUA